AUGGAUGACAUGUACAGACAGUCAACUGGGGCAGCUUUGAAUUCGAGUUUUAGCAACAUUCUUUUGACGGAGAAUAUGGGAAGUUUACCGUUUAAAGUGGAUGAUUCAGAGGAUAUGUUAGUGUACAAUGCUCUACGCGACGCCAUUUUUUAUGGAUGGAAUCCGUCAAGUGAUAAUCAAGUUGUUAAAACGGAGAGACCAUAUGAGGGGGUGGUGAAGCGUGAUAUGCAAGUUCCACGGAAGGAGGUUGUGCAAUAUAAAGGAGUGAGACGAAGGCCGUGGGGUAGUUACUUGCUUUCUCUCUUUCAACAGUCAAAAUCACGAGCACCCACUCGAAGAAACACAUUUCUUCAUGUGGACUUGUCCAAGGAUGUCAACUCGGUUUCAUUCCAGGUCAGGACUACUCAGGCCAACAAAGCAAAAUAA